AUGACGGCCUCAACUUCACCUUCUCCGCCCAAUUCUGUUGACGCACCUCAUCUUCCGUUCGAUAUUGUUGCAGAAAUUCUGUCUAGACUCCCUGUUCAACAUCUCCUUCAACUCCGUUGCGUCUGCAAAUCAUGGAAUUCUCUUAUCUCUCUUGAUUUCAAAUUCGCCAAAAACCAACUCAGCUUCUCAACCUCCAACAAAGACUGCCACCGCCUCUUCCUAUCAUUUACUCGCUCUUCAUGUGAGUUCCUUCUAUGUCAUUCCCCAAUCUCCUCUUUUUUCACCUCUGCUUCCAUUGUUAUUGAAAAGCAGCCUGUAACAUUGCUUCUCAAUAAUCAACACUCUCCUAUGGAAAUUUCCACUUGUGACGGCAUCCUCUGUUUUGAGAUAGAUGAAUCUUUAGCUGUUUUGUAUAAUCCUUCCACUAGAAAAUUCAAAAUGUUGCCUCCUUUGAAAACUCCAAAACAAACAUGUUUUCCAAAGAUAUAUACGCUAGGCUAUGAUCAUAUCACUAGUAAUUAUAAGAUUAUUGCUACUGUUACUCUCAGCGAUAGAAAGAGAAAGACGCAAGUUAACAUUCACACUUUGGGUACAGAUUAUUGGACAAGAAUUCAGGAUAUUCCAUGUUCUUCCCUCCAUGUUAAACAAGGAAUAUUUGUGAAUGAUACUGUUAAUUGGUUAGUAGAUGAUACUAGUUCUUCACGGGGCAUGGUCAUUGUCUCUCUUGAUUUAGAGAAGGAGUCAUAUCAAAAGCUUUCAAUCCCUUUAUAUGAUUAUGGGCUUCAAUUUUCAACUUCCUUGGGGGCAUUGAGGGGUUGUUUGUCUAUGCUUGCUCAUGGAAUCGAAUUUGCUAGUGUUUGGAUCAUGAAGGAAUAUGGGAAUGAUACAUCUUGGACUAAACUGUUUAGUUUUCCUCACACGGAAGAUGGUAGAUUUUACUACUAUCAGAAGGUUUUAUAUAUUUCAGAGGAUGAUCAAUUGUUGAUGGAGUUCUGUAGCAUGGGGGAAUAUGGUUUGGUUGUCUAUGAUUCUAUAACUAACACUUUUACUACUCCUAAAAUGCAAAACAAUAUUCAUGAUCUUAGGCUGAUUCCAUAUGCCUAUGUCGAAAGUUUGAUAUCUCCUUUCUAG